UAAAGUUUCACGAAUUCAAGUAAUUUUGUAAGAAAAGUAAGAAAAUAAAAUGUCGCUAGCUGACGAACUACUGGCUGACCUCGAGGAGGACAACGACAAUGAUCAGGAUGAGGAUGAUACUGAAAUGGGGAAUGCCGACGAUGAAAAUGAAUUGGCGGAAAAACUUUUGAAGCCGGUUCCAAAUUUGAUGGACGUGGAUGUCACAGUGCAGUCGGUGCGCGAGCUGUGCAAGUUACGCGACUCGAAGCGUUUGCAGGACACACUCCAGCAGAUCGAGCACUACGCCAGUCGCCAGCGGACCGCCGCCGAAAUGUUGGGCAGCGUGGAGUCCGACCCGGAAUACUGUCUGAUUGUGGAGGCCAAUGCCAUUGCCGUGGACAUCGAUAAUGAGAUCUCCAUCGUGCACAAAUUCACCAAAGAGAAGUAUCAGAAACGCUUCCCAGAACUAGACUCGCUGAUCGUCGGGGAAAUCGAGUAUUUGCUUGCGGUCAAGGAGCUGGGCAAUGACCUGGACCAGGUGAAAAGCAACGAGAUGCUGCAGGUCAUACUCACGCAAGCCACGAUUAUGAUUGUGUCUGUAACAGCAUCCACGACACAAGGAACCAUGCUCACGCCGGCGGAGAAGGCCAAAAUUGAUGAGGCCUGUGAGAUGGCCAUUGAGCUAAACAACUUCAAGUCCAAAAUUUAUGAAUACGUUGAGAGUCGCAUGACCUUCAUAGCCCCAAAUCUUUCCAUGAUAAUCGGUGCCUCCACGGCUGCCAAACUGUUGGGAAUCGCUGGCGGGCUCACCAAGAUCUCCAAGAUGCCGGCCUGCAAUGUUCAGGUCCUGGGCUCACAAAGGAAAACCCUUUCGGGUUUCUCACAGACGCAGAUGCUGCCGCAUACUGGGUAUGUUUAUUACUCGCAGAUUGUCCAGGACACGGCUCCGGAUUUACGACGCAAGGCGGCUAGGUUGGUGGCUGCCAAAGCCGUGCUGGCCGCUCGUGUUGACGCCUGUCACGAGAGCGUCCAUGGCGAGAUUGGCUUGCGGUUCAAAGAGGAAAUUGAAAAGAAGCUCGACAAGCUGCAGGAGCCACCGCCGGUGAAGUUCAUCAAGCCGCUGCCGAAGCCCAUCGAGGGAAGCAAGAAGAAGCGUGGAGGAAAACGCGUGCGCAAGAUGAAGGAGCGGUAUGCCCUGACUGAGUUCCGGAAGCAGGCGAACCGCAUGAAUUUUGGUGAUAUCGAAGAGGAUGCCUACCAGGGCGACUUGGGCUACUCCCGUGGCACAAUUGGAAAGACUGGAACUGGCCGUAUACGCCUGCCCCAGGUGGAUGAAAAGACUAAGGUGCGCAUCAGCAAGACCCUGCACAAAAACCUGCAGAAGCAGCAGGUCUAUGGCGGCAACACAACAGUCAAGCGUCAAAUCUCUGGCACGGCCUCUAGUGUGGCAUUUACGCCGCUGCAGGGUCUGGAGAUUGUGAACCCGCAGGCGGCCGAACGAUCACAAACGGAGGCCAACGCCAAAUACUUUUCGAAUACCUCCGGUUUUCUAUCUGUUGGAAAUCGAACAACUUAAAAGAAUAACAUCUUAUUUGUCUUUCUAUCAAA